AUGAAAAAACCCAGCAUUCCUCCUUCAUUUCCCUCUACCAUGGCGCCUUCUACGUCUCACAGUCUCUCUACUCCCCAUGUUUCACCAUCCUAUGAUCAUGCGAUGUAUCCAAUGCCUCCCCCCAAAAAUUCUGCAGGAAGAAAGAUGAGUAUCCUUAGGGCUGACUCUGGAAUCGUCAUCAAACCGGAGAUAAACAACGCAAUUUCAAACCUAGAUCAACUCAACAGCUCAUCCAGCGCCCUUCAAAAAGAAGACCCAGCCAACAUCAUCCCUAUAGAUACUUCUGGGGCCAUACCCACCAUUGACGUGAAUAUAACCAACACAAUCGCAAAACUCGAUCAACUGAGUACUUAUCUCCGCACCCUUCUUACACGGGUUCCAGAGACUCCCACAGCUUAUCACGAUGAUUCUACCUCCACUGGCGAGCACUCCCCAGAGGAAGAAAUCCCAUAUACCUCUGCAGGAAAAGAGAGAGAAGAAGACUCCUGUGACACACCUACCCAUACCUCUGAAGCCACAAUCGCAGAAGACGUGGGCGGCCAAAUCUCAAAAGUAGAUCAAAUCGUCGAGGUACUCAGCACUAUCCGUCAUAUUACCUUUGUCAUGUCGUCAUGUCUUGACGAAGUUCUUCCCAAAGAUCCUAUCAUUCCAGAAAAACACAUCGAGCACAGGGCGCUAGGAUUCCAAUCGGUCGAUAAACUCUCACCUGCACGAAAAUGGCUUUUUCGACCAAUGUCCGACUCUGAACGUCUGCGCCGCAAGAUGCAUCGUAUGAAAAGAUGGAAGGGAAAGGAAGAACAAACUCCCAUGGCUCCCGGCCUCCUCCCAGUUUCCCCUCCCCCCUCUUCGUCAUCCGCAGAAGAAACUCCCCUCCAACCCACCACUCCCAUCAUCUCAUCCAAUCUUCCCUCCUCUUCCUCAUACGCAGAAGGCCUUCAUCGCCGCGCACGAACACGCAAUUGGGUCUCCGAUCUCCCACCAUCGCAGGAACCAAAAAAUCCCGGUCUUCCAGCACUCCCCAACUUACAAUUUCUGCAACGCAAAAUCGAUCUUAUGAAAAAAGAGUUGGGAGACGAGUUCCCUCUCACUCCCAUUUCCAACGUGUUGGAUCCCUAUUUUUGGACCGUGAGGGAUGCGACUAGGCUCGCUCAUCUUUUGUCUUCUGAAAAGAAAAAGACUCCCAUCCCCGCGCCCCCGAAAGAAAAACACACAACACAUACUUUCUCAACUCCCCCAGAGGACAAGCAUCAGCAAUUUAGCAGGACCCAUACAACGAGCCCUCGAUGCCCAGACCCGUGA